AUGUCACAAAAGUUUAUCAUUCCCGCAGAUGAUCUUGAUCGACUUCUGCAGGAAAAAUGUACAAGUGAACUUCGAACUGGUUAUAUUACCGUUGAUGGAGUCUGUCUUCCAGAGUAUUUUCAAAACUUUGCUGAUAGAGUUGAAAAUUUUGAAGUACGAGAUGAUGAUAUUUGGGUUUGCAGUUUUCCAAAAACUGGUACCACAUGGACUCAAGAAAUGGUUUGGUGCCUUGCAAAUGAUCUUGAUUUUGAAAGAGGGAAGGUGAUUCUUCAAGAGCGAUUUCCAUUUUUAGAACUGACGAGUUUAUGGGACUACAGAAAUGUAAUUCAACGAAGACCUGACCUGGUUAAGCCUCACGAGUUCAUUUUUGAUAGUUUCAAUUUUGUGAAUAAAUUACCAAGCCCAAGAUUUAUCAAAACCCAUUUACCCUUUCAUUUAUUGCCAAAAGAAAUUAGAACUGGCGAAAAGAAGCCGAAAAUAAUCUAUGUCAGCAGAAAUGUCAAAGAUACCUGCGUCUCUUAUUUUCAUCAUUGUCAACUUUUUGAAGAAUUUUCUGGUACAUUCGAAGAAUUCUGCAGACUGUUCUUAGCAGGAAAGGUUUACUUCGGAUCAUUUUGGAAACAUGUUUCUGGAUUUUGGGAAAGAAGAAUGCAGGGAAAUAUGUUAUUCCUCCAAUACGAGGAGAUGAAGGCUGACCUGCAAUCAGUAAUAAAAGAAACUGCAAAAUUUCUGGGGAAAAAAGAACUCUCCGAAAGUGAAAUAAAGAUACUUGAGAAGCAUUUGAGUUUCACUUGUAUGAAAGCAAACCCAGCAGUGAAUUUUGAAGAAAUAAUCGAAAUACAGAAAAGAUUAAAACUGACCACCAAUGAAGGGAAAUUCAUAAGAAGUGGAAAAGUCAAUCAGUGGAAAGAAAGUAUGUCGAAAGAAAUGAUUAAUCGAUUUGACUCGUGGACAGAAGACGUACCCAAAGGGUACAAGACUUGCGCACAGCGAUUCAAAUUUGAUAUAACUCAGUACGAGUACAUGCCUAUAACUGCAUUUGUGUACAGUACGGAAAGUGGUAGUGAACUGCAUGACACUGAAAAGAAAUUGUACUACCCACUGAGGGGGAAGGAACGAACGGAGGUACAGAAAAAGUUGGAGCACAUAAUGCUAAUGUAA